UUGUGUGACGCUAAGGCUGCAGUGGUGGAGCAGAGGAAGGGUUGGGUUGACCGAUGUGGGCAGCGCUGGGGAGGGUCUUCGUUGCGCAAGCCCCGGCCCGGCGGAUCGUUCUUCACACCGUGUCCGCGGCUGCAGGAGUCUUCACCAUAGCCCACGUUACCAUGGCCACCCACUUCUCCAGGGAUCAGGAGGAGAGAAUCAAGUGUGUUAAGGGGGACCUUUUCUCGUGCCCCCAGACGGACUCAUUGGCUCAUUGCAUCAGCGAGGACUGUCGCAUGGGUGCAGGCAUAGCUGUUCUUUUUAAGAAAAAGUUUGGAGGCGUACAAGAGCUGUUGGAUCAACAAAAGAAGACUGGGGAGGUGGCAGUUCUCCAAAGAGAGGACCGAUACAUUUACUACCUGAUUACAAAGAAGAAAGUUUCUCACAAACCGACAUACGAGAAUAUGCGAAAGAGUUUAGAAGCCAUGAAAGCUCACUGUCUAAACAAUGGAGUUACUGACAUUUCCAUGCCUAGGAUUGGAUGUGGACUUGACCGCCUGGAGUGGAAUAAAGUUUCAGCGAUACUUGGGGAAGUGUUUGAAGACACAGAUAUAAAGAUCACAGUUUACACUCUGUGAGCGAAAGAGUUUAAAGAGAGUCCCAUUUCCCUUGCUUUCAGGAGUGGAAACCUGUUAACUGAUGAGGGGGGAGACUGCAUGCUGAGCACUUUCUUCAUCUGAGCGUAGCUCACUCUUGUGUUGUCAGUGGCUUUUAGCAACAACAACAAUAAAAAAAAAAGCUCCAGAACAGCUAAUUUGGGAUGUAGUGUUUGGGGAGCCUGUGAAGAAGGCAGGGAUGUUGUAACCCUCGGGGAGUCCCUGGUCUGUCCCAACAAGCCACCAGAUGUCCCUCGUCCUCCAUGGAGCACCUGCCUGCAUUAGAGCUACUUAAAGCUGACAGUUCCUGUGCAGAGUGAAAUUGGAGCUGUCUGUUGCUUAGGUAUUUGUUGGUUUGUAGUUACUGUUGAUGAUGAGCUGUGGAGCCCUGUCACUUUUUUUUAAAAAGUUUUGCAAUGUUCAUAUCUGGCAUACGGUUUACUUACUGUUAUAGGAUUAAAAAUUUAAUUUGUACCUUCUGGCCACAAAUAUGAUUUUUUUGUUACGAGAUUGUACUCAGUAAGAAUCAUGCUGUCAUUGAAAUAAAUAGCUCUUCAGUUCUCUGCU